UAUUUAGGGCAAUGUGCAUGGGUAUUUUGUUUGAUGGUGUGUAUGAUUUUUUUAAUCCACACGCUCACACGCUAGCAUUGCGUUUGCGUAGUCGAGGGAAUAAUUAAAUCUUCAAUUACCUUACCUUACCUUACCCACUUACUUCAUAAGAAAACGAAAAAAAAAAGUGAAAAAGGCAGCAGCAGCAGCAGAGGAGACUGGAGAGGAGAGGCGGGCAUUGCCAUGGGAGGGAGGGACCCUCUUUCUUCCCUUCCCUUCCCUUCCCUUCCCUCUUGUCAAUGUUGAAUAAGUAGCCAUCUUCUCUUCUCUUCUCUUCUCUUCUCUUGACCCCCUCUCUCUAUCUCUAUCUCUAUCUCCUUGUGUCGCUCUCCUUCCUUCCUUCCUUCCUUGUCCAAUUAUUUUCCUCUCCAAAACUUUAUAUCAUCAAAUAGCAACAGCAACAGCAGCCAGAAGAAGUUGGAGUGUUGUAUGCUCUUUUCCUGGGAACACAAUCUCUGAGUCUGAAUCUAAUCUCUUCCCCUUCUCUCUCUGUCUCUCUCAGUCGAGCAUAUUUGGUGCAGUAGUAGUACCUUUCAUUACUGUUUACUUACUUACUUCCCCCAAAGUCUCCAAUUAAACUGCAGUCUUCCAUCCACCUCCCCAGAUCUCCCUCUCUCUCUCUCUCACAGCUCGUCUGGUCUCUUCAUCACUGAUCAGGUAGUACACCCACUUCCCUCACAAAUCCCAUCAUCCAUCUUCCUUUCUUUUUAAUUUUUUUUUCUUUACCCCAUUUUACCAUGCAAGAAAUUCCCACUUUUGCUUCUCCCUGCAGCUUCCAUCUUUAAAUCGAAAGGCCUCUCUUUGCUAUCUAUCUAUCCAUCCCUGCUGCUGCUGCUGUCCUUCUUCUACCCUUAAAAAAGAAACCAAGCAGUGACCAGAAGAAGCAACAAAAAUAGCACUGUCCCUCUUCCCACCACAACAAAAAGCCCUAACCUAGCUACCUAAGCACAACAACCCAAUUCAAUUUUUACCCAUGGAUAUGCACGCCGGCAGCCAGCUGGUGAUGAUGACCGCACCGCCUCCUUCCAGCAGCGGAGGCGGCACCGCGGCUGCGACGAGCAGCCGGUACGAGAACCAGAAGAGGAGGGACUGGAACACGUUCUGCCAGUACCUCCGGAACCACAGGCCGCCGCUGAGCCUGCCGAUGUGCAGCGGGGCCCACGUGCUGGAGUUCCUGCGGUACCUGGACCAGUUCGGGAAGACCAAAGUCCACUCCCAGAGCUGCCCUUUCUACGGCCUCCCCAACCCUCCGGCACCCUGCCCUUGCCCUCUCCGCCAGGCCUGGGGCUCCCUCGACGCCCUCAUCGGCCGACUCCGGGCCGCCUACGAGGAGCACGGAGGCAGGCCCGAGUCCAACCCAUUCGGAACUCGGGCCGUCAGGAUCUUCCUCAGGGAGGUCCGGGACUUCCAGGCCAAGGCCAGAGGGGUAAGCUACGAGAAGAAGCGCAAGAGGGCCAAAUCCGCCAAGCUCCAAAUCCCUGACGCUUCCGCCACCAGCUCACCGCUGCCACCACCACCGUCGUCUGCUUGACGAAAACUACAAACAAUAUCCCAGUAUCUGAGCCUCUCCCUCUCCCAGCAGAAGAAGAAGAAGAAGAAGGUAAUAAAUAAGGGUAACUAGUCUACUACUACUUUUGGAUGGAAUGGAAUGGAUCAGCAGCUUUUGGGAUGGCCGGGUAUAUUAUUAUUAUUAUAUAUAUAAGGGUAAAAUUAAUUAUGUUGUUGAAGUUGAAGAUGGGUGUGUUAUAUUUUGGAUUAAUUCCAGUACUACUGCUGCCAGAAGGGUUGUUCUAUUCUAUAUAUAGAAAUAUAUAUGUGAUUGUGAA